UUCUGAUCAACACUUCUUAUUCCCCAGCCAUAUCCCACCUCAAGACACUCUUUACCACCCAUCACACACUCAUUCUCAUCGCAAUGCGCACUCAGAUCCUUACCAGCGCCCUCCUCUCGGGGGCCAUGGCUGCUCGUCCUUUCCUCGAGCAGCCCGACACUGGUCUCGAGAUCGUCGUCGGCGAUCUUCCCACUGGAAAGCUCCCCAAGCUCGAGCAGAUGAUCGGCCUCCCUGACUUUGAGUGGGCUGCUAAGAACUACCUCCCCAUCGAGAACUACACAUACUACCGCAACGGUGCUGCCGGCGAGUGGUCUUACCGCAACAACCUCGAGGUCUUCCAGCGUUACCGCUUCAAGCCCCGAACUAUGGUUGAUAUUACCAACGUUGAGAACACUCUGCCCACCAAAAUCCUCGGCCACAACUUCUCAGCUCCUUUCUUCAUCAGCCCUUGCGCCAGGGCUGGUAACGCCCACCCUGAUGCCGAGCUUAACCUCAUGAAGGGUGCUGGUGAGGGCGACAUUCUCUACAUGCCCGCUCUCUACGCCUCUCUCACCAUCGAGGAGAUCGCCAAGGCCAAGUCUGAGGGCCAGGUCGUCUUCCAGCAGCUCUACCUCACCUCCAACGACACUGAGACCCAAGAGCUCCUUGACCGCUCCGAGAAGGCCGGUGCUGCUGCCAUCGUCUUCACCGUCGACUCUGCUGCCGACGGCAACCGGCAUCGUGCUGCUCGAUUCGGUGUUGGUUCCGCUGACUCCGACUACUCCUACAUCACCUGGGACUACUACAAGAAGCUCCAGAAGAUGACCAAGCUCCCCGUUAUCAUCAAGGGUAUUGGCUCUGCCGCCGAUGCUAAGCUUGCUGUUCAGCACGGUGCUCCCGCUAUCAUCCUCUCCAACCACGGUGGCCGUCAGCUCGAUGGCAGCCCCUCUGGUCUUGAGGUCGCUCUUGAGAUCCACCAGGAGGCCCCUGAGGUCUUCAAGAAGAUUGAGGUCUACGCUGACGGUGGUGUCCGAUAUGGCGCUGAUGUCCUCAAGCUUCUUUCUCUCGGUGUCAAGGCUGUUGGUCUUGGACGUCCUUUCAUGUACGCCAACGUCUUCGGUGUCGAUGGUGUCAAGAAGGUCAUCGACAUUCUCAAGCACGAGAUUGCCAUUGACGCUGGUAACUUGGGUGUUCCUGAUGUCCAGAAGAUCAACCCCAGCUACGUCAAGUGGCAAUUCAACAACUGGAACCAGUAAAUGUGCAUUGCGAUGGCGUUAGGUUGUUGAGCUGUGGUGCUGGUACAUACACAUCCUGAUUCAAUUGUUUAUAUUUCAUCAUACAUAUAGAUCCAAGAACAUAGAGCAUGAAUCUUUUUACUACUUCAAA